AUGCGAGUCCUGCCCAGAGGCGUCGCCCGCGUCCCCGGCCCCUCGGGCUCGCUCUGCGCACUGAUCGCGCUGCUGCUGUUGCUGCUGACACCGCCGAAGCCCCUCGCCCACGCUGGUCCUGUCGCCGCUGUGGUGCAAGAGCUGCGCUGCAUUUGCUUAAAACCCUCUUCGGGAAGAGUUCACCCCAAAAACAUCGUUGACGUGCAGGUGAUCGCCUCAGGGCCGCAGUGCUCCAAGGUGGAAGUGAUAGCCACCCUGAAGAACGGGAAGGAACUCUGUCUGGACCCAGAAGCCCCUUUGAUCCAGAAAUUCAUCCAGAAAUAUUUGAAUAGGUACUUGCCAACUUGA